AAUUAUAUAAAUGAUAUUAGAUACACAUUCGAUACAUAAUCCACAUAAUAUUAGUAAACAUAAUUACAACACUCCUCGUAAAGUAGUCGAUCCUCACGACUCCUGGAAAAAUCAUUCCGAGUAUAGUAAAGAUCUUCCUAAUAAUUCGGCUACUAUCAAUAACCCAGGGGUCCAUCAAAGGGACUCCAACAGUAUCGGCGAUAUUAAUAUGCAAGAAUACAAUAUCUCGAACUUACCAAAUUACAACGAGUCAAAUAUUUAUUACGCCAAUAAUUGCUCCAUUUAUCAGCAGAGCAAUUGUUUCAUCCCAGAGAUCGAAGAUCAUUAUCCUUAUUACGACUACGGGAUCAAUUCCGGUUUCAACGAUAAUAUCAACGGAGCUAAACAUCGCGGGUAUGGUGUCAAAUUUGACCACUUCAAUUCUAAAACCGAAGGAGCCGAGGACCUCGAUACCGAGUUUGCCAGGGGUUCUCACAUAAUAUCUAAAAACAUAUUAAGUCAGCUGACUAAUGAAGAUAAUUCUAAGUCGUUUAACGCGCAAAAGUAUAUAAUAGAAGGGAACGUAAAGGAAAAGUCAAAAACAGCCGCCAGAACGAGACGGGAAAAAGAGAAUACGGAAUUUUUAGAAUUGGCCAAACUGUUGCCCAUUCCUUCCGCUAUAACGAAUCAGCUUGACAAGGCCUCUAUCAUAAGAUUGACCACUAGCUACCUCAAAAUACGACAAAUUCUACCUAAGAAUGAAGGUGAUGAUUGGGGGAAACUGCCCAAUGUAAAAUAUACCCCAGCUGAGCUUCUGGCAAAGGACAUUGGUUCUCAUCUACUUCAAACUUUAGAAGGAUUCUUAUUCAUCAUAUCUCCCGACGGGAAAAUUGUGUACAUCUCCGAAACUGCAUCCGUCCAUUUAGGGUUAUCUCAGGUGGAAUUAACGGGCAAUAGUGUAUACGAUUAUAUUCACACUGAAGAUCACGAAGAAAUAACUAACAUACUAACCCCGGAACUCGAUAAAAUAUCUGAUACAAAUAAAGAUUAUUCGUUGGUAAAAGAUUUUUGUAUACGUAUGAAAUGCGUGUUAGCGAAAAGAAAUGCUGGAUUGACUAGCAAUGGAUACAAAGUCAUCCAUUGCACAGGGUAUCUGAAAGUUAAAUGUCCUGCUAAACCCCCAAAACAUACCGCUAUAGUAGAAAAUGAAGUUUCCUCCAGGGUAAUAGGUUUAUUAGCGGUUGCCUAUUCCUUUCCCGCCAGCGCUGUCACUGAAAUCAAGUUACAGAGUGACAUGUUUAUGAUGAGAACAAGCUUAGAUCUCAAGCUCAUAUUCUUGGAUUCGAAGGUCACAUCCUUGAUUGGGUACGAACCUCAGGAUUUGGUAGAAAAAAGUCUGUAUCAAUUUGUGCACACCUCUGACUUGAAAGCUUUGCAAAAGUCUCACCUUACAUUACUUAAGAAAGGACAAGUUAGAACGCCUUAUUACAGAUUCAUGACUGUGAAUAACGGAUGGGUGUGGAUUCAAAGUCAUUGCACCAUCGUUCACAACAACAGAUCAUCCAGGCCGCAUUGCAUAGUUAACGUGAAUUAUGUCUUGAGUAAACACGAUUCGGAAAACUUAUCGAUGGACGAAAUUAGAAAGCAAAAUUACUCUUUACAUCCACCAGGGCUGGAUAUUCUGAAUAAUCCUUCGAAGAUGUCGGCCGAACACAAUGCUAUCGCCUCCGGAGGUAGGGGCGAUUUAUAUAGAAGUAGUAACGACCCACUUAAUACACUCAAAAUAAAUGUAAAUCAUAAGACAACGUCAGAAAUGCGAGCGUUAUCGGAACAACAAAAAAGCUUGAGGUCUUCUUCGGCGAAAAGCGCAUCUUCUAAUGUUAGAGAUAUUCACGAUACUCCGAAAAAGAAAAGAAUCGAAACUUCUAAAUUAAACCAAACUCGUAUUCCCGAAAAGAGCUCAUUGCUAACUUCUUACAGUGACACCGAUAAUCGUAUCGCUGAAAACCAACGCAGCUUAGCAAUAAAUACCGACAUCUCCAGGAAUUCUUCGAAAGGUUUAUAUGAUCGCUUAAAUACGGGAGCAUGCCCACCUAACGAUCUUUCGCAGCAAUACAAUUAUAUCGAAAAUUUUUCUACUUCUCGUAAUAAUAAAUGUCAUCAUCCUCGUGAAAAUGACAGCAGAGAUACAUUUCCCAAAAGCCAAUUUUAUUCCCCUCAUCCGUAUAUCUCGCAUGCCACUCUUCAUUCGGGAUGGGAAAAUUAUCAAAAUCAAUCAAUAUGCCAUGAUCCUAAUGUAAGCGUGGUGCCCGGUUUGCACCACCUAUACCCGAAAGAUAAGUUGAUACGUAAAAUUUCGUCGGCAGACGUUAAAAGAAGACUACUACCGACACAUUAUCCAACCCUCGUAAAAGAACGAACCGAAAAUAAAUUAUCGAAAUUUGACAGCUGCUUAUACAACGAGGAAAAUACGUUUAAAAAUAAAAGGGCAAUCCCUAUUAGUCAUAAUAACGAAAGUCCCUUCUCCUACUACAACAAAGGUCUCAACAUAUCGCCUAUAAGUGGAGACACCUCGGACGAAACCACCGACGGGUUUUUUAAGAAGGCUAAAUACAAGAAUUUUUCGGAUACCAAUUGUAAGAAAUCGACAAUCGAUAUAUCGACAAACCCUUUUCCGUUAAAUGGCAUAUUACUGGAUGCCAAUAAAUUGUUGGAGAGAUUAGUCACUCCCCCAGAUUCGCUAAUAAAUGGCUUUACAGAUAAUGACGUCAAACAUUCCUAUUGCAGGGAGUAAAAAAAAAUAAAUAAUGAUAAAAUCGUAUACACGGAAACUUUCAUGGAAUGAGAAUGGAUAAAAUAAAAAUGACAAUCAAUAUCUAAUAUACAAUUGGUAGAUGCAAUAUUAUUCAGUUUUCGGAUUGACAGAUUUCAAUCAACGCAUAAUAAUUGAUUAUUUACAUUUGGAUAAUUAAUAAUCUAAAAAAAAUAGAAAAAAAUUAAGUUUUAAAAAUUAAUUCACAAAAUAAUUAAAUAUAUAUAUAUAUUUAUAAACUUUCAAGAGGAAAAAAAAAUAUAAAAUAAUGCAUAUUUUUAUAAAUAAGUCUAUAUAUUAUUUAUUAAUU